UUCGUGCUGGAGCAGUCUCUGUCGGUGCGGGCCCUGCAGGAGAUGCUGGCUAAGAGUGGACAGAACAGUGAAGGGGCAGCGCAGAGCGGCGGACACAAGACUCUUUUGUAUGGACAUGCCAUCCUCCUGCGGCAUUCCUUCAGCUCUAUGUACCUGGCCUGUUUGAAGACAUCAAGGUCACAGACAGAUAAGCUGUCCUUUGAUGUCGGCCUGCAGGAGGACUCAACAGGUGAGGCCUGUUGGUGGACAAUCCACCCUGCUUCCAAACAGAGAUCUGAAGGAGAGAAAGUGCGCAUCGGUGAUGACCUCAUCCUCGUCAGUGUCUCCUCAGAGCGGUACCUUCACUUAUCCAUCUCCAAUGGCAAUAUCCAGGUGGAUGCUUCCUUCAUGCAAACCUUGUGGAACGUCCAUCCCAUCUGCUCUGGUAGCAACAUAGAGGAAGGCUACCUGUUGGGUGGUCAUGUGAUGCGGCUGUUCCAUGGACAUGACGAGGUAGUGACCAUCCCAGGAUCAGACCAGAGUGAAGAGCAGCAGAGGAUAGUCAACUACGAGACGGGUAAAGCCGGUGCCAAGGCGAGGUCCUUGUGGAGGCUGGAGCCACUCAGAAUCAGCUGGAGCGGGAGUCACAUCCGCUGGGGUCAGCCUUUCCGACUGCGACACCUGACCACCGGUCACUACCUGGCCCUCACCGAGGACAGGGGGUUGGUGCUGCAGGACCGGGAGAAGUCAGACACUAUCUCCACAGCCUUCUGCUUCAGAGCCUCUAAGGCAAGGACACACAGAUGCAAGGGCACAAACACACAUGAAGAUGGCAUGGGGGUGGCAGAGAUUAAAUACGGGGACUCGCUCUGCUUCAUCACGCAUGUGGCCACGGGACUCUGGCUCUCCUAUCAGGCACCUGAUGUCAAAUCUGCCCGUCUGGGUCCCCUCAAGAGACGAGCGUGCCUACAUUCUGAAGGUCACAUGGAUGACGGGUUGACCCUGCAGCGCUGUCAGCACGAAGAGUCCCGCGCCGCACGCAUCAUCCGCAACACCACCUUACUCUUUAACCGAUUCAUCAGAGACCUGGACUGUCUGGGGGUUAAGAAUAGGGCACUGGUUGCCCUGCCUGUCGAGGAGGUGCUCCAAACACUCAAUGACCUCAUCACCUAUUUCCAGCUCCCUGACGCUGAGCUGGAGCAUGAAGAGAGGCAGAUCAAGCUGCGCUCACUCAAGAACCGACAGAACCUAUUCAAACAGGAAGGCAUGCUGACUCUGGUGUCCAACUGUAUUGACCGUCUGAACGUAUACAACAGUGCUGCCCACUUCGGGGAGUGUGCCGGGGCCGAGGUCGGAGCUGCCUGGAAAGAUAUUCUGAACCUGCUGUACGAGCUGCUGGCGGCGUUAAUACGAGGCAACAGGAACAACUGCACUCAGUUCUCCAAUAACUUGGACUGGCUGGUGAGCAAGCUGGAGCGACUGGAGUCCUCUUCAGGCAUCCUGGAAGUUCUGCACUGCAUUCUAAUUGAGAGCCCUGAGGCCCUCAACAUCAUCCAGAGAGGACACAUCAAGUCCAUCAUAUCACUGCUCUACAAGCACGGACGAAACCACAAGAUUCUGGACGUACUCUGCUCGCUGUGUGUGUGUAAUGGCGUAGCUGUACGAACCAAUCAGAACCUUAUCUGUGAUCACUUGCUGCCCAAGAGGGAUCUGCUGCUGCAAACCCAGCUGGUCAAUGAUGUCCAGAGCAUGAGGCCGAACAUCUUCCUGGGGGUGAGCGAGGGCUCAGCUCAGUAUAAGAAGUGGUACUACGAGCUGAUGAUCGACCAGGUGGACCACUUUGUGACCAGUGAGCCCUCCCACCUGAGAGUGGGCUGGGCCAACACUAAAGGAUAUGCUCCCUACCCCGGAGGAGGAGAGGGCUGGGGUGGCAAUGGGGUUGGAGAUGACCUGUACUCAUAUGGCUUUGAUGGACUCCACCUCUGGUCAGGUCGUAUCCCGCGGGCGGUUGCGUCCAUGAACCAGCACAUCCUCACCUCAGAGGAUGUGGUGAGCUGUUGUCUGGACCUGGGAGCACCCAGCAUCUCUUUCAGGAUCAACGGACAGCCCGUCCAGGGCAUGUUUGAAAAUUUCAACACAGACGGCCUCUUCUUCCCAGUCGUCAGCUUCUCUGCGGGGGUCAAGGUGCGUUUCCUGCUGGGCGGACGACACGGCGACUUUAAGUUCCUGCCUCCAUCAAGUUACGCUCCAUGUUAUGAGGCUCUGCUGCCGAAGGAGAAGAUGAAGGUGGAGCCGGUGAAAGAGUACAAGAGGGAUGUGGACGGAGUCAGAGAUCUGCUGGGCACCACCCAAUUCAUGUCACAGGCCUCCUUCAUCCCCACACCUGUGGAAACCAGCCAGAUUGUUAUGCCACCUCAUUUGGAAAAGGUUCGGGACAAGCUGGCUGAGAACAUUCACGAACUGUGGGGCAUGAAUAAGAUUGAGCUGGGUUGGUCAUACGGCAAGAUAAGGGAUGAUAAUAAGCGGCAGCAUCCGUGCCUGGUGGAUUUCUCUAAGCUGCCAGAAACAGAAAAGAACUACAAUCUGCAGAUGUCAACAGAAACUCUGAAGACCCUGCUGGCAUUGGGCUGUCGUGUAGUUCAGGUGAAUCCAAAUGCUGAGGACUCCCUCAAAAAGAUAAAACUCCCGAAGAACUACAUGAUGUCCAAUGGAUAUAAGCCAUCCCCUCUGGACCUGUCUGACAUAAAACUGACUCCAGGUCAGGAGCUGCUGGUGGACAAACUGGCAGAGAACGCACACAAUGUGUGGGCUAAGGACCGUAUCAAGCAGGGAUGGACCUACGGCAUUCAGCAGGAUCUGAAGAGUAAGCGCAACCCUCGUCUGGUUCCCUACGUUCUGCUGGAUGAGCGCACCAAGAAGUCGAACAGGGACAGCCUGCGGGAGGCUAUCCGCACUCUGAUUGGCUAUGGAUACAACAUUGAGCCCUCGGACCAGGAGGGAGGUCAAGUGGUUGAGCGGCUCAGCAUCGACAAGAUCCGCUUCUUCAGAGUAGAGAGGACGUACUCGGUGAAGACAGGGAAAUGGUACUUUGAAUUUGAGGCUGUGACGGGAGGAGACAUGAGAGUGGGCUGGGCCAGACCUGGAUGUAAGCCAGAUGUGGAACUUGGCACAGAUGAGCUCGCUUUCGUCUUUGAUGGAUACAGGGGCCAUUGUCUGAACAUGGGCAGCCGAUUGUUCGGGCGGUGCUGGCACGCUGGGGACGUGGUGGGCUGUAUGAUCAACAUGGAGGACAAGUCCAUGAUCUUCACUCUUAAUGGAGAGAUCCUCAUCACCACCAAGGGCUCUGAACUCUGCUUCACCGACUUUGAAACUGAGGAUGGCUUCAUUCCAGUGUGCAGUCUCGGGCUUGCUCAGGUGGGUCGUAUGAAUCUGGGGAAAGAUGCUAGUACCUUCAAGUACUACACCAUGUGCGGCCUUCAGGAGGGGUUUGAACCCUACGCUGUCAACAUGAACAGAGAGGUCACCAUGUGGUUCAGCAAGCGCCUGCCUACUUUUGUCAACGUGCCGAAGGACCACAACCACAUCGCAGUAACCAGGAUUGACGGCACCAUCGACAGUCCCCCGUGUCUUAAAGUGACCCACAGGACGUUUGGCACCCAGAACAGUAACGCUGACAUGGUGUUUUGUCGUCUCAGCAUGCCUGUAGAGUUCCACUCCUUCUUCAAGUCCAAUCCAGUUAUAGACAUGAACGGAGUGCAUGAGGAAGACACCCUUAAAUACAUUUUGGUUGCAACACUUUCAAUGUUGUCUGACUGAUAUUUGUCAAUACAGUACUAUCAUUCGGUGAGGAUCUUCGCCGGUCAGGACCCUGCCGGUGUGUGGGUUGGAUGGGUUACCCCCGACUACCAUUACUAUAGCAACAAUUUCAACCUCAGCAAAAACAGAACGGUGACUGUUACCCUGGGUGACGAGCGAGGGCGAGUCCACGAGAGUGUGAAGAGGAGCAACUGCUACAUGGUGUGGGGUGGUGAUGUGACCAAUGCUACUCAUACCUCCAGUCGCAGCAACGUGGACUUGGAAAUUGGCUGUUUGAUAGACCUGGCCACCGGCCUGGUGACAUUCACGGUCAAUGGCAAAGAGAUAUCCACAUCCUACCAGGUGGAACCGAACACCAAACUCUUCCCUGCUGUGUUUGUGCGACCCACCAGCCCGAACCUCUUCCAGUUUGAGCUGGCUAAAAUAAAGAAUGCCAUGCCUCUGUCAUCAGCCAUCUUUAAGAGUGAACACAAGAACCCGGUGCCACAGUGUCCACCCCGUCUCGAUGUCCAGACCAUCAAUGCGGUGCUGUGGAGCCGCAUGCCCAACACCUUUCUGAGGGUGGAAACAGCGAGGGUCAGUGAGAGACAUGGCUGGGUGGUCCAGUGUGUGGAGCCCCUGCAGAUGUUGGCUGUGCACAUACCUGAGGAGAACAGGUGUGUUGAUAUCAUGGAGCUGUCCGAGCAGGAAGACAUGAGGAAGUUCCACUACCACACCCUGAAGCUCUACUGUGCCCUCUGCGCUCUGGGCAACACCCGUGUGGCCCAUGUCCUCUGCAGCCACCUAGACCAAUCCCAGCUCCUAUACACCAUCGACAAUCAGUACCUGUCAGGCAUGUUACGCGAGGGCUUCUACAAUGUCCUGAUCAGCAUCCACCUGGAGACUGCCAAAGAGGCACGACUCAUGAUGAAAGACGAGUUCAUCAUCCCCGUCACGGCUGAGACACGCUCCAUCCGUCUCUUUUCCGAUGCUUCCAAAAAGCACCUCCCGCCAGGGGUGGGGCUUAGCACCUCGCUCAAACCACGGCUCAACUUUGCUCCGCCGUGUUUCAUCUGCACCAAACGGGAGCAACAUCUGUACAGCCCCCAAAUCCCACUGGAUGCACUGAAGGAGAAAGCGAUUUUAAUGCUGACGGAGGCCGUUCAAGGUGGAGGGCACCACAUCCGGGAUCCGGUGGGAGGAUGUGUAGAGUACCAGUUUGUGCCAAUCCUGAAGCUCAUUAGCACCUUGCUGACUAUGGGCGUAUUAGGGAGUGAAGAUGUUCAUAAGAUCCUGCUCCUCAUUGACCCAAAUGUAUUCAGAGAGACACACCAAGAGGGCGCCACAGGGGCCAUAGACAAAGAAGGACUCACAGGGGCGGAGGAGAAGGCAGUGGAAGCUGGAGAAGAGGAGGUAGCCAAGGAGACUAAACAGCCAAUGAAAGGACUGCUGGAGAAGAGGCUGCCUGAGCCUGUGAAACGACAGAUGUGCGAGCUGCUUCACUAUUUCUGCGACUGCGAGCUGAAGCACCGUAUCGAGGCCAUCGUGUCAUUUUCCGACAGCUUCGUCUCGAAGCUCCAGUACAACCAGAAGUUCCGCUACAAUGAGCUGAUGCUGGCCCUAAACAUGUCUGCCGCUGUAACGGCAAAGAAGACCAAAGAGUUCAGAUCACCUCCUCAAGAACAGAUCAACAUGCUGCUGACCUUCAGUAUGGGCGAGGACUGUCCGUGUCCAACAGACAUCCAGGAGGAACUCUAUGAUUUUCACAACCAGCUGCAGCUCCACUGUGGAAUCCCUAUGGAGGAAGACGAGGACGAGCAAGAUACAUCCAUUAAAGGUCGCCUCCUAAUGCUGGUGAACAAGAUCAAAGGCCAGUCUCACAAAGCAGAGGAGCCCACGGAGAAGGAGCAAGCUGCACCAUCCAAUCUGAAGGAGCUGAUCUCUCAGACGAUGGUCAGCUGGGCCCAGGAGUGUCACAUCCAGGACUCAGAGCUCGUCCGUAAGAUGUUCAGCCUGCUGAGGAGGCAGUAUGACAGCAUCGGAGAGCUGCUUCGAGCCAUGAGGAAGACUUACACCAUCAGUGCCGCCUCGGUGCAGGACACCAUCAACCUCCUGGCCUCCCUGGGUCAGAUCAGAUCUCUGCUGUCUGUCCGCAUGGGGAAAGAGGAGGAGAAGCUCAUGAUUGAUGGCCUUGGCGACAUCAUGAACAACAAGGUGUUCUACCAGCACCCGAAUCUAAUGAGAAUCCUGGGCAUGCAUGAGACUGUCAUGGAGGUCAUGGUCAAUGUGCUCGGAGGAGACAAAUCACAGGAAAUUGCCUUCCCCAAGAUGGUGGCCAGCUGCUGUCGCUUCCUGUGCUACUUCUGCCGGAUCAGCCGUCAGAAUCAGAAAGCCAUGUUCGACCACCUUAGUUACCUGCUGGAGAACAGCAGCGUGGGUCUAGCUUCACCAGCGAUGAGGGGCUCCACUCCUCUAGAUGUGGCUGCUUCCUCAGUGAUGGACAACAACGGUUUGGCUCUGGCACUGGAAGAACCUGAUCUGGACAAGGUGGUCACCUACCUGGCAGGAUGUGGCCUCCAGAGUUGUCCAAUGCUUCUGGCUAAACGUUAUCCAGACAUUGGCUGGAACCCUAUCGAAGGAGAACGUUACCUUUCCUUCUUGCGGUUUGCCGUCUUUGUCAAUGGUGAGAGUGUGGAGGAGAAUUCCAGUGUCGUGGUCAAACUGCUCAUCCGUCGCCCGGAGUGUUUCGGACCUGCCCUGAGGGGAGAGGGAGGGAACGGCCUACUGGCUGCCAUGAAGGAAGCCAUUAAAAUCUCGGAGACACCUGCUCUGGACCUGCCGGGCUCUGUCCAGGGAGUCAGCUCCGACGUGUCUGCCGAUGGUGAUGACGAGGAGGAGGUGGUUCACAUGGGCAACGCCAUUAUGUCCUUCUACUCUGCACUCAUUGACCUUUUGGGACGUUGCGCCCCUGAGAUGCACCUCAUCAACAAGGGUAAAGGUGAAGCUCUGCGUAUUCGUGCCAUCUUGCGCUCUCUGGUGCCCACUGAGGAUCUUGUGGGAAUUAUCAGCAUACCACUCAAAAUGCCCAUCAUCAACAAAGAUGGGUCAGUGACAGAGCCGGACAUGUCAGCCAGCUUUUGUCCAGACCACAAGGCACCCAUGGUCCUGUUUCUGGACAGGGUGUAUGGUAUUGAGGACCAGAGCUUUCUGCUUCACCUGCUUGAAGUGGGCUUUCUCCCUGACCUGAGGGCGGCUACCACUCUGGAUACGGAGGGUCUGUGUACCACAGAGACAGCCCUGGCCAUGAACCGCUACAUCGGCUCGGCCAUGCUGCCCCUCCUCACCCGCUGCGCCCCUCUCUUUGCCGGCACCGAGCACUACGCCAGCCUCAUCGACUCCACCCUUCACACCAUCUACCGCCUCUCCAAGGGCCGUUCACUCACCAAGGCCCAGAGAGAUGCUAUAGAGGAGUGCCUUCUGGCUGUCUGCAAACACCUUCGUCCCUCUAUGCUGCAUCAGCUCCUGCGCCGCCUCGUCUUUGAUGUGCCCUUGCUGACUGAUUACUGCAAGAUGCCUCUCAGGUUGCUUACCAACCACUACGAGCAGAACUGGAAGUACUACUGCCUCCCGUCGGGCUGGGGCAGCUAUGGCACAGCAUCUGAGGAUGAACUGCUGCUCACCAAGAAAAUCUUCUGGGGAGUGUUUGAUUCUCUGUCCCAGAGGAAAUAUGACCCAGAGCUAUUCAAGAUGGCCAUGCCUUGCCUCAGUGCCAUAGCUGGAGCUUUGCCACCAGACUAUGUGGAUGCCUCCAUGAGUACCACUGUGGAAAAGCCUGUUUCUGUAGAUGCUCAGGGCAACUUUGACCCCAAACCCAUCAAUACUGCUAACAUUGCUCUCCCAGAGAAGCUUGAGCACUUUGCCAACAAAUAUGCUGAACACGCCCAUGAGAAAUGGUCUGCAGAGAAGGUGCUGCUGGGAUGGAAAUACGGAGACUGUGUGGAUGAGAAGGCCAAAACUCAUCCUCAGCUCAGAACCUACAAAGCCCUAACAGAGAAGGAGAAGGAACUUUACAGAUGGCCAAUUAGGGAGUCCCUGAAGAGUAUGCUGGCAAUGGGCUGGAGCAUCGACAGGACCAAGGAUGGAGAGAGCAUGUCUCAACAGAGGGAGAAUGAGAAAAUGAGAAAGAUAUCUCAGGCUUCACAGGCAAAUGGGUUCAAUCCGAGCCCGAUAGACACGAGCAACGUGGUUCUAUCCAGGGAACUGCAGGGGAUGGUGGAGGUAGUGGCUGAAAAUUACCAUAACAUCUGGGCCAAGAAGAAAAAAAGUGACCUUGGAAGCAGAGGUGGGGGAACGCACCCUCUGUUGGUGCCCUACGACACGCUGACAGCCAAGGAGAAGGCCCGCGAUCGAGAGAAGGCCCAGGACCUUUUUCGCUUCCUGCAAAUCAAUGGCUAUAGCAUCACAAGAGGUUUGAAGGACUUGGAGCAGGAUUCUUCUUCCAUGGAGAAGAGGUUUGCUUAUAAGUUCCUCAAGAAGCUGCUGAAGUAUGUUGACUCAGCUCAGGAAUUCAUCGCCCAUCUAGAGGCCAUGGCUGCCAAUGGAAAAACAGACAGGUCCCCUCAUGAACAAGAGAUCAAGUUUUUUGCCAAAGUUCUUCUCCCUCUCAUCGACCAGUACUUCAAGAACCACUCUCUCUACUUCCUCUCCUCCCCCAAUAAGAACCUGAGCAGCAGCGGUUACGCCUCCAACAAGGAGAAGGAGAUGGUCACCAGCCUGUUUUGUAAACUGGCAGCUCUUGUCAGACAUAGGAUUUCACUCUUUGGGAGUGACUCCACCACCAUGGUGAGCUGUCUGCAUAUCCUGGCGCACACUCUGGACACCAGGACUGUGAUGAAGUCGGGCUCAGAGAUGGUGCGGGUGGGGCUGAGGACGUUCUUUGAGAACGCCGCGGAGGACCUGGAGAAGACAUUUGAGAACCUGAAGCUGGGGAAGUUCACUCACUCCCGCUCGCAGAUGAAAGGGGUGUCGCAGAAUAUCAACUACACCACUGUAGCUCUGCUCCCCAUCCUAACCGCUCUGUUUGAACACAUCACUCAGCACCACUUCGGCGUCGACCUGCUGUUGGAUGACGUCCAAGUGUCCUGCUAUCGAAUCCUGACCAGCCUAUAUGCACUGGGCACUGGAAAAAACAUCUACGUAGAAAGACAGCUGCCUGCUCUCGGUCAGUGUCUAGCCACCCUGGCCGGGGCCAUGCCUGUGGCCUUCUUGGAGCCAUUGCUCAACACCUACAACCCCUGCUCGGUUUUUAAUACCAAGAGUGCCCGAGAACGAGCCAUCCUAGGCAUACCAGACUCAGUGGAGGAGAUGUGUCCCGGGAUGCCCCGGCUGGACGGCCUGAUGAAGGACAUAAAUGACAUGGCUGAGUCUGGAGCACGCUACACAGAGAUGCCUCAUGUUAUCGAGGUGGUGCUGCCCAUGCUGUGUAACUAUCUGUCUUACUGGUGGGAGAGGGGGCCUGAGAACCAGCCAGCCAGCGGGGGCAGCAUCUGCUGCACCACCGUCACCUCAGAGCACCUCAGCCUCAUUCUCGGCAACAUCCUCAAGAUCCUCAACAACAACCUGGGCAUCGAUGAGGCCUCCUGGAUGAAGAGGAUUGCAGUGUACGUGCAGCCUAUCAUCAGCAAGGCUCGAGCAGACCUGCUAAAGAGCCACUUUCUGCCCACACUGGAAAAGCUAAAGAAGAAGACGGUGAAGGUGGUGGCAGAGGAGGAGCUGUUGAAGGCAGACAGUAAGGGAGACACCCAGGAGGCUGAGUUGCUCAUCCUGGACGAGUUUGCUGUACUCUGCCGGGACCUGUAUGCCUUUUAUCCUAUGCUCAUCCGCUACGUGGACAACAACAGGUCCAGGUGGCUGAAAGAGCCAGAUGCUGACUCCAAUGAGCUCUUCAGAAUGGUCGCUGAGAUUUUUAUCCUCUGGUGCAAGUCACAUAAUUUCAAAAGAGAGGAGCAGAACUUUGUGGUUCAGAAUGAAAUCAACAACCUUUCCUUUUUGACGGGAGAUAAUAAAACCAAGAUGUCUAAGUCUGGGGGACAAGACCAGGAGAGGAAACACAAGAAAAGGCGUGGUGAGUUCUAUUCCAUCCAGACUUCACUUAUUGUGGCUGCUUUGAAGAAGAUGCUUCCAAUCGGCCUCAACAUGUGCACCCCAGGGGACCAGGAGCUCAUAUCUCUAGCCAAGACUCGCUAUCUCCUGAAAGACACAGACGAUGAAGUCAAAGACCACAUUCGGCAGAAUCUGCAUCUUCGAGAAAAGUCAGAGGAUCCUGCAGUGAGGUGGCAGCUAAACCUGUACAAGGAUAUAGUGAUGAGGAGCGACGGGCCUCCAGACCCUGAGAGGGUGGUGGACCGUAUACAGAGGAUCUCCGCUGCUGUCUUCAACCUGGAGCAGGUGGAGCAGCCACUGCGAUCCAAAAAAUGUGUUUGGCAGAAGUUGCUGUCCAAGCAGAGGAAGAGAGCGGUUGUAGCCUGCUUCCGCAUGGCUCCACUUUAUAAUCUACCGAGGCAUCGCUCUAUUAACCUCUUCCUCCUGGCCUAUCAGAGAAUAUGGAUAGAAACAGAGGAGUACUCUUUUGAGGAGAAGCUAGUGCAGGAUCUUGCAAAAACGCAGCUCAAAGUGGAGGAAGAGGAAGAAGAGGAAGUCAGAAAACAACCAGACCCGCUUCACCAGCUCAUUCUGCAUUUCAGCCACAACGCUCUCACUGAGUGCAGCUCUUUGGAAGAGGAUCCCCUGUACAUUGCGUAUGCAGAUAUGAUGGCAAAGAGUUGUGCUGAAGGGGAAGAAGAAGAAGAUGAAGGAAAAGAGAAAACAUUUGAGGAAAAGGAAAUGGAGAAGCAAAAGAUGCUGUAUCAGCAAGCCAGACUUCAUGACCGAGGGGCUGCGGAGAUGGUGCUGCAGAUGAUCAGUGCCAGCAAAGGUCGACUUGGUGCUAUGGUGACGUUCACCCUCAAACUGGGCAUCUCCAUUCUGAAUGGGGGAAACACUCUGGUCCAGCAGAAAAUGCUGGACUACCUGAAGGAAAAAAGAGAUGUUGGCUUUUUCAAAAGUUUAUCUGGACUGAUGAUGUCUUGCAGUGUCCUGGACUUGAAUGCUUUUGAAAGGCAAAACAAAGCUGAAGGUCUGGGAAUGGUUACAGAAGAAGGAUCAAUCAACGUGAGUGAGCGGGGUUCCAAGGUACUGCAGAAUGAUGAGUUCACCAAGGAUCUCUUUAGGUUUCUGCAGCUUCUCUGUGAGGGCCACAACAAUGAUUUUCAGAACUUCCUGAGGACUCAGACAGGGAACACAACUACAGUCAACAUCAUCAUUACUACUGUAGACUACCUGCUAAGACUCCAGGAAUCCAUCAGCGAUUUCUACUGGUACUACUCUGGUAAGGAUAUUAUUGAUGAGGCCGGUCAAAGGAACUUCUCCAAAGCACUGGCAGUGGCCAAGCAGGUCUUCAACUCUUUGACUGAGUAUAUACAGGGUCCGUGCAUUGGGAACCAGCAGAGUCUGGCUCACAGCAGGCUGUGGGAUGCUGUGGUGGGCUUCCUGCACGUUUUUGCCAACAUGCAGAUGAAGUUAUCCCAGGACUCCAGUCAGAUUGAAUUAUUGAAGGAGCUGCUGGACCUACAGAAGGACAUGAUCGUUAUGAUGCUCUCUCUUCUCGAAGGUAAUGUUGUCAAUGGCACCAUCGGCAAACAGAUGGUGGACACCUUAGUGGAAUCUUCCAGCAACGUGGAGAUGAUCCUAAAAUUCUUUGACAUGUUCCUCAAGCUGAAGGACUUAACCACUUCAGACAGCUUCAGGGAGUACGACCCUGAGAGCAAAGGGAUAAUCUCAAAAAAGGAUUUCCAGAAGUCCAUGGAGAACCAGAAACAGUACUCCCAGUCUGAGAUCGAGUUUCUUCUCUGUUGUGCCGAGGCUGAUGAGAAUGACAUGUUCAACUACGAGCAGUUUGUGGAGAGAUUUCAUGAACCUGCCAAGGACAUUGGCUUUAAUGUCGCUGUGUUGCUAACCAAUCUGUCUGAGCAUAUGCCCCAUGAUGCUCGCCUCUCAACGUUCCUCGACCUGGCUGAAAGUGUUCUCAGCUACUUUGAGCCUUACUUGGGUCGUAUUGAGAUCAUGGGUGGAGCCAAGCGCAUCGAGAGAGUCUACUUUGAGAUCAGCGAGUCAAGUCGUACCCAGUGGGAAAAGCCUCAGGUGAAGGAGUCGAAGCGGCAGUUUAUCUUCGAUGUUGUCAAUGAAGGUGGAGAAAGCGAGAAGAUGGAGCUGUUUGUCAACUUCUGUGAGGACACCAUCUUUGAGAUGCAGCUGGCUUCUCAAAUUUCAGAGCCAGACCCGGUGGAGCGCCCGGAGGAAGACGAAGAGGACAACCAGAGUGUGCUGGAGAGCCAGGAGGACGGGGAGGAGGACAGCAUGAUGUUGGAGUCCUCCUCUGCCUUCACAAUCGCCUGCAUCUCCUUGAGAAAAAGCCUCUGCCACUUCCGCCAAAUGCUAACUCUCAAGAGCAUGAGGCGACAGUACAGGAAAUUCAGGAAGAUGAGUGUGAAGGAGAUGGUGCGAGGCUUCUUCUCUUUCUUCUGGAUGAUCAUCAAAGGGUUCCUCCACUUUGUCUACAGCCUAAUUUGGGGUUUCUUCCACAUCUUGUGGACCACCAUGUUUGGCGGCGGCCUCGUUGAAGGCGCCAAGAAUAUGAAGGUGACAGAUAUUUUGGGAAACAUGCCCGAUCCCACUCAGUUUGGCAUCCACGGAGAUGUGUUAGAGAUGGAGAAGAUGGAGGCGAGCGAAGCGUCGGCGUUGGCAGAGAUGGGUCAGAUGGCUCAGGGGGACGUGGCAGAGGCAGACCUGAUGGCUGAGUUGCUGAACAUACAGCCCAAGAAGGAAGGGAAGCAUGGGGCUGAGCCAGGGUUGGGGGAUGUGUCUGAGGUGGUGGUGGGGGACGCUCCGUCUAUUGCCAGUGCUGUCAAGCAGAAGAAGGCACAGAUGGCUGCAAAGAAGAGGGCCGCAAAUGGAGACUACAAAUCUGAUUCGGAGAAAGGAGAUUCAGAGGACGGUGAGAAGAAGGACCACGACAAGGCCAGAGACGAAGCCCCUCCAGAGCACUCUGUGGAGGAGAAGAAAGCCCCGAAGAAGAGGCUCGGCCAGAAGAAAGAACCACCGGAGGCCUUCAUGGCCAGCUUCUUCGCUGGCUUGGAAAUCUACCAGACUAAGAUGCUGAACUACCUUGCCAGAAACUUCUACAACCUCCGCUUUCUGGCACUUUUCGUCGCCUUUGCCAUCAACUUCAUUCUGCUCUUCUACAAAGUAAGUUUAGAGUUGAGACAUGAUACUGUAUAUUGAGCCUAAGUAUUACAGAUUGUUGUAAACCCCUGGAAUGGUCGGGGCAGAGCUGGGGAUGAGGAAGACGAAGGGGCGCUCGAGUACUUCGUCCUGCAGGAGAGCACAGGCUACAUGGCACCAACGCUUCGCUGUCUGGCAAUACUACACACUAUCAUAUCUUUCUUGUGUGUGGUGGGAUAUUACUACCUGAAGGUGCCGCUGGUGGUGUUCAAACGUGAGAAGGAGAUCGCGAGGAAGUUGGAGUUUGCCGGCCUCUACAUCACUGAGCAGCCGUCUGAUGAUGACAUCAAAGGACAGUGGGACAGACUGGUGAUCAAUACUCCUUCCUUCCCAAACAACUACUGGGAUAAAUUUGUCAAACGCAAAGUGAUCAAAAAGUACGGAGACCUGUAUGGAGCAGAGAGGAUAGCAGAGCUGCUGGGCUUGGAUAAAAGUGCCCUGGAUUUCAACCCUACAGAGGAAACUGUCGCCAAGGAGGCUUCAUUGGUGUCAUGGUUGAGCUCAAUCGAUACAAAGUACCACGUCUGGAAAAUGGGAGUGGUGUUUACAGACAAUUCUUUCCUCUAUCUAGUAUGGUACACCACCAUGUCUAUUCUGGGCCACUACAACAACUUCUUCUUUGCCGCCCAUCUGCUGGACAUCGCCAUGGGCUUCAAGACCCUCCGCACCAUCCUCUCCUCUGUCACACACAACGGCAAACAGCUGGUGUUGACUGUGGGCCUGCUGGCAGUUGUGGUCUAUCUCUACACUGUGGUGGCCUUCAACUUCUUCAGGAAGUUCUACAACAAGAGCGAGGAUGAUGAUGAGCCGGACAUGAAGUGUGACGACAUGAUGACGUGCUACUUAUUCCACAUGUACGUUGGGGUGAGAGCAGGAGGGGGCAUCGGGGAUGAGAUCGAGGACCCGGCCGGUGACCCUUACGAGCUGUACCGCAUCCUCUUUGACAUUACCUUCUUCUUCUUUGUCAUUGUCAUCCUCCUGGCCAUCAUCCAGGGUUUGAUCAUUGAUGCCUUUGGAGAACUGAGAGACCAGCAGGAACAAGUCAAAGAGGACAUGGAGACCAAAUGUUUCAUCUGUGGGAUCGGCAAUGAUUAUUUUGACACAACACCUCACGGCUUUGAGACUCACACCUUACAAGAGCACAAUUUGGCCAACUACCUGUUUUUCCUGAUGUACCUUAUCAACAAGGAUGAGACAGAGCACACUGGCCAGGAGUCGUAUGUGUGGAAGAUGUACCAGGAGCGAUGCUGGGAUUUCUUCCCAGCUGGAGAUUGCUUCCGCAAACAGUACGAAGAUCAGCUUGGAUAGAGCAGAUUCGUCUUCUUUAUUCUAUCCAUAUUAAGUGGGCUCCUGAAAUACGUAGUCCUAUAUGCAGCUGAUGGACUGAAACACCGCACAGUCAUCCCACCGAUGCUUUGGACUGGCCUGAGAAGAGACGAGGCAAAACUACUUUUUAUCUAAAAUAGGAGAAACAUCUCGUGCCCAUGUCAGAUGUACCUUUGUCACCGUUGGUACAGUGCCAGUCUGUGAGGAAAUGACCUGUAACUUGCCCUGACAUUUUUUUUUUUUUUUUUUUUAGUUUUGGGACUUGUUUUUGACAGCAUGUUGCCUUUUACUCCACAUAACCCCAAAUCAUUGCACAAAUUUUUUUUUUUGUCUUAAUUUUAUUUUUUUUUUCCCCCAGAAACACUGGGUUGUGUGGAGUUAUGGGACAAUGUGUCGUUCACAUUAUGCACAAGAACCCAAUUUCAAUAUUUUGAGAAUGUUGAACUUGAGACUUAAUGCCAAAAGAAAAGCAGAGGAGUACAGCAGAUUUACGUAGUGUGCAAAAUGUGAUAUGGAAAAGUUUUUUUUCUCAGAUGUUGUAAUCUUAUUGAGAUGAAGUUUUAGAAUGAAGUGAUAAAAAGGUUUAUUAUGUAGGAUUAAAAAAUGCCUAAAUUCUUUCAUGAAGUGCCUUACUGUACUGUAUCUACAUUACAAUGAAGCUAUGCAAAACUUUUGUUUUUUCUUUAUUGUAUGUAAGUACAGUAAUUUUCCUGGAGCAGUGUCGAGUAGCUGUCCAGAUACGUAGUUUGUGGCUGAGAUUUUUCAUUUGAACAUGGAAGAACAGCAUUGGUUUGAUUGUUUGACUGAUUGAUUUGUUUUUUUGCUGAAUGCAGAGUAACUGCAAACGUUCAAGGUACGAAAUGUAUAAAUGACACAUUUCAGAAUUUACUGAACACCUUCAAACAAGAACAAAAAUUUAAUUGCUAUUGUAUGGCCAUUUGUAUGUAGUAGCUUUGCUGAU